GGCUUCACCGCCCGCCUGGAGAAGAUUGUGGACAAGAACAGCAAGGGCAAACACGUCAAGGUCUCCAACUCGGGACGAUUCAAGGAGAAGAAGAAAGUGCGGGCGACACUGGCCGAGAACCCCAACCUCUGUGCUGCCAGCGAGCGGGAGGAGAAAUGA